AUGGCCAGAGCAAAGAUUGAGCGAAAGUUCUCCGAGUUCAGCGAACUCAACCAUGGCUCCCUACCUAUGCUUCGCAUGGCAAACACAACACGAAAUAACAUCGUCGCUGUUCUCGGCGAAUUCGUCGGCACGUUUCUGUUUCUGUUCUUCUCCUUCGCCGGGACACAGGUGGCCAACACGCCUCUCGGAGCACCAGGGUCGAAUCCGAACCUGCCUUCCAUCAUUUUCAUUGCACUCGCGUUCGGCGUCUCUUUGACCUCAAAUGUCUGGGCGUUCUAUCGGGUCACCGGGGGGAUGUUCAACCCAGUUGUCACCCUUGCUCUCAUGGUCUGCGGUGGCCUACCACUGAUUCGUGGACUCCUUAUAAUGCCGACUCAGAUCAUAGCUGGGCUAUGUGCAGCUGGGGUUGCUUCCGCAUUGUUUCCUGGUCCCUUGGCCGUUACCACAUCUUUGGGAGGCGGCGCGAACAUCGCACAAGGCUUCUUCAUCGAAGUGUUCUUGACCACCCAACUCGUUUUCGUCAUCCUCAUGCUGGCGGUUGAGAAGCAUCGUUCCACGUUUCUCGCCCCUGUAGGGAUUGGAUUGUCGUUCUUUCUCGCGGAGCUUACAGGCGUUUACUUUACCGGCGGAUCUCUGAACCCCGCUCGGUCGUUUGGACCCGCUGCUGUGGUCGGUGACUUUCCCAGCUACCAUUGGAUCUACUGGCUGGCCCCAACAUUCGGUUCAAUGGUUGCCUGUGGAUUCUAUGUCGUCCUUCGUCAGCUUCGAUACUACGAAUGCAACCCAGGCCAAGAGUCAGACGGUCACGAGUCGAGCAGUGAGCCCAGUAUCAAAGGUUGA